AAUUAAAUAUGAUUUUUGUUUAGAAAAUGAUUAUAGUAAUAAAAUAUUUAUUUACAUUAUGGUUGUCCACUGUUUUGCUGUUUAGUAUUUUACAGAGUGUGCAAGGAAAUGAAACAAGUUCAUUUGAGUAUUCUACUUACCAAAGUUCAAGUUCAACAGCUUCUUUUACCCGAAGUUCUGUUCAAAACAUCAAUUCAAGUACAACAAAUACAAGUACAACUACAAGUAGUUAUUUUGUAAAAAGUCCCAGUACUGAAAAUCUUUCAAGCACUUCUGGUAUUAGCAUAAGUUCUUCAGUUCCUGAAACAAGUUUUACUACCAUUUUUUCAAGUUUCUUAACAACUGAUUCUAGUAAAAUGUUUACAUCAAGUUACACUUUUGCCGCCCCUUUGAGUUCCUCUAUUAAUAUCGUUUCAGUUUUUUACACUAGUUCUUCACAGAAUAUAUUUACAUCAACUUUUUAUAAAGGUUAUGAUUUUGUAGCAUGUGAACAGAAGAAUAAUUGUAAGAAUGGAGGUAGUUGUGCACUUAACAAGUCAAAUAACAGUACUAUAUGUUUGUGUAAUCAUAAUUACUUUGGUAAUGAAUGUCAAUACGAAGAAAUUAUUCCACAUGUGUACAAGCAACUUGCAUAUGGUUUUGGCGGAACUACUGUGUUUUUGUUGUUGGUUGUUGUUUUUUUAACAUGUUGUUGUUCAAAAAAUAGAUUAAAGAAAGACUCUUCCUAUGAAUACUCUAAAGAAUUGGAUGAAUUUACGAUCGCUAACAAACGAGCUAGUACUAUUGUUAAGCCAUCAGUUCUAAAUGCUUAUGAUGUCUACGCCUCCUAAUUUUUUUGAGUUUCGUUAUCAUUUCGUUACAAUGUUCCUCAUGUUAUUUUUUUUAUUUAAAAGAGAGUAUUUUUAAAUUAUAUUUAAAAGUUAGAUUUAAUUUUUAAAAAUUAUUUUACAUUACAUAUACAUAAAUAUAUGUAUGUAUGUGUGUGUGUGUG